GGACUAGGAAGGAAGGCAGCAGUACGUAGCAGUCAGAGCAGCAUGUCGUGGGCGAAGCACAAGAAGAUCCUGGCCAUGGCCAAGGGCUACCGCGGCCGCGCCAACUCGUGCUACCGCACGGCCAUCAACCGCGUGGAGAAGGGUCUGCAGUACCAGUACCGUGACCGCAAGCAGAAGAAGCGCGACAUGCGCUCGCUGUGGAUCCAGAAGAUCAACGCCGGCGCGCGUCAGGAGGGUCUCUCGUACUCGAAGCUGUACGGCAAGAUGAACGGCUCGGGCAUCGAGCUGAACCGCAAGGUGCUGGCCGAUAUGGCCGCCACGGAGCCCUUCAGCUUCAAGUCGGUGCUGGAGGUCGUCAAGCACAUGGAGGUCGUCACCAAGGCUCUGUAAAUACUAAGCUUAACCUUUCAGCGUCAGGCCGCUCGCCUUGAGGCAGCGCAGUGGCCGCCAACAGGCAUAGGUAGAUUUGCACGAAAGCAGGCACUCGCAGCUCGUCAUCGUGGAGGUUUGGAUUGUAUUGCUGCUGGAGUGAUAGAGAGCACGCGCUGGUAAUGCAAGACGAUUGCGUGAUGAAGAGACUUC